AUGAUAAAGCUGCAGGUCCACAUUGUUCCGCCCAGCGCUGCGAAAGCAAGAAAACCGCUCGCUUACAAUGGGACCGGAAAUAAUAUCGAUAUGAGUGUGAUGCAGAUGCAAUCGCAAGUUUACCCGAAUUCUCAAUCCCAGUCUAAUAACUCAUACUAUCCGAACUUCACGCUCAAUGGCUCAAGUACGCCACUGGUUAACGGGGUCUCGGGUUACAAUUCCCAGCGUCCAAAUUAUGGCCCAUCUUCAAAUAUGAUGGGCACGUCCGAUGGUAUAAAAAAAUUCCUUCACAUCACUAAAAGUUCGAGCACCCUUCAAAAUGUUUGCAUUGAAAUUCAAGAGAGAUUUAUGAGGCUGUACCCUGAACAAGAGCCCAUCAUCAUUCACCAAAUUCAGGAUAGCAAUGAGUGUGACUUGGAUCCAGAUUAUUCAGUUUCAAUGAUUUUUGACACAAACAACAUUUUGCGAGUUCUUGUGGAAAAUGAAUUUACUGUUGAGGAGGAGACUGAUUCCAGAGGAAAACGCCACCUUCACAACGAUUUGAAUCAGGUCGUCAAGAAAACAAGACCGUCUUAUAACCAACGUGUUUGGCACGAGGCUCGACAACCUCCUUUGAUAGAAGCUGACGAGGAAUCGCAUCAGUCUAACUUGUCGCUACCAGCUCCUAACGACAGCAAUCAGGAUGGUACCGUAAUUAUUGAGCCAAAGAAGAACCUCAGCCCGCGAAAUGCAAGUCCGGUGAACGCGCCUGGGUCCCCGACGAGAAUAACAUCUGGAAUGCUCACGUCCCAAUUUCAGCCCGAUCUGUCGAAAGCUCUAGAUGAAAACGAGAAAGACGAAGAACGUGAUUUGCAGAUAAAUGAUGUGCUCACCGAUAGCGACCACUAUCAAAGCGAUUCUAAUCAGGAUACUUCUGCUGUACGAAAAAGACCGAGUGUGCCCACCAAAGCUGAUGUGAUGAACCGCAUCUCUUCAGGGCAGCGAAGAUCUCCAAUGCAGUUGAAUGACACUUCCAACUCCUCUUUCUCUUCCGUCCCUGCUCAGACUCCUACACCGGCAAAUGUCGUUUCAAAUCCAUCAUUCAAGGAGGCCAGACCUAUGAAACCAUCACAAGUCACGAAAAAACUGAAUGACUCUGUCAAGGGUCUGGAUGCAGGUCCGGGGAAGAAGACGCAACCAAAAGACACCGGUAAAGAGAAGUCUGCUACUCCUAAGGCUAAAGGCAAAAAGCCAAGGGAAACAAAGGAACAAAGUGAGCAGAAGAAAAAUCUCAAAGAAGGUGCAACGCAACCUACCCCGGCUGAGGGAACGCCUACUCUCAAGCCUCGAAGAGGCCGUCCUGUUGGCAGCAAGAAUCGCGUCAAGAAGACUGAGACUAAAGAAGGCGAGUCUCAAAAUAGAGAGGACACCGCAAAGCCAGAGGAAAAGAAAAAGGCAGCCCGCAAGCCUAAAGCUAAAAAAGCAGAAGCAACAGCUGCAGAGAGCAGUGGAACUAAGGACAACAAGACAAGCAAUAUAAUUGCGACCCAACUUGACCAACCAAAUGGUGAAAGCAAGACUGGUGGUGAUUCCGGAGAAAAUGAAUCUUCGAAGAUUCCAUCUAAUGAUUCACAAAAGCCUGGCACAAAUUACUCCAAAGCAGAGGUGAUUGGCCUUUUGAAAGAUGGAAUGGAAGACAAAGCAAAUUCUAACAAUAAUCCUGCUCAUCAGGUACAAUUUGAUGGUGAUGAGAAAGUACAAAAGCCACCGGUCGCACCAAAAUCCCAGCCGGCGGCGGCUCAAACAGCGGACAGUGAGUCGGAUUCGAGCGACGAUGAUAAUGACGACAACGAUGACGACGAGUUAGACGAUGAACAGGAAACAAUGAAAAGACCGAGAGUGGUGAAUGCACCAAAGAGUUUAAUUAACAAUACUUCUGUUCUUUCCUCGCAUAAUAAUUCCACGUUGAAUGAAAGCCAAGCCUCGUCUCCACCUCCAAGUACACAAGAAGGCCGUGUCAUUCCUCAACUGCUUUCGCAAUCACAAACACAGCCACCACAUGCCUCUCAAUCUGAAAGCUCAAUUUCUUCUCUUCCAAAGCUAUCUCAAUUGAUGGAACGUGGCCUGCCUGAUGUUAGGGAAUUCAGCCAAGGUGUCCGAGCAAUUUCUGCUUUCCGCCAAGAGAAGCCUGAGUCCGAUUCCGAAACUGAGUCUUCUGAGUCCGAGGACGAUUCCGACGACUCGCAGGGUGACACUUCUGAUUCAGACUCGGAAAAGGUGGGCUCUCAAAGAUAUCUUGAUGCGAAAUCGGCAAAUAAUAUUGUCUCCAAGGCCAAGGGCAAGAAGAAAAACCACGGAUUUUUGGAUCUAAUGAAAGAUGCUCGAAAAUAG